CGAGCAGCCGGGCCGCCCCCAGCGCGGCCGGCCGCGCUGCCUGGGCUUGGGUCCCUGGCGGAGGCCGGCGGGGCGGGCGAGCCCGGCAUUGGGGGGCCCCGCGCCCCUAGAGAGGGGGGCCCGGAAGUCCUCGGCUGAGGGACCAGUGCGAUUCCGGACCGAGUCGUCCGGACGCCCAGGACCCCGGCGAGGGGCCCGGGAUGACCUCACGGGCGGGGUCCGGGAGCCCCGGCGCUUCCGCGAAAAGCUGGGAGUGGCUGGGCCCCUGCGGGGAGGGGGCAGCGGUGCGGCGAGCUGGGAGGCCGCCGGAGGAGACCAUCGGAGCGAGCGCAGAGAGGGUGCUCUGCGCGGGCAGCGAGGGUCCGGUCGCCAUCGGAGGGGCGCGCUGGAGGCCCGGUCACUUAGCCGAGGGGAAAGGAGCCAGGUCCCCUCCGUGGGCUGGGGGACGAAAAGGAGCUCCAAGGGAAAGUGAGCAGCCCUCGGACUUCCCGCAGAGGAGGCGGCCGCAAAGAGACACUCGGUGCCUCGCGAAGAGGGAAUAAGAGGGUUCACCUGAGAGGAACAGGCAGCUAGUGCUCGCCCGAGCAUAGGUAGUGAGCAGGGUGGGGAAACCUAAGAUAAGUGAGGGAAAGAUAAGGGCUUUCUGAGAUGACGGGAAUUAAUUGGCCAGGUGUCAUCUAACUGAAGAACAGGAGAGACAAGGGCAAAGCCCACCGGAUUUGACCGAGGAAUCAGGAGUCUCUCAGAAGAGAAAUCUCAGGCAGCUCCGUAGCAGACAUAAGAGACUUUUGAUGGUGUCUUUUUAGGAGGGCCAAGAAGUAGAGGUUUCUUACAUGUCUGCCGCCCCUUGCCUUUAUAGGAGGUUUUCAUGCAGGAAUUGAACUGUCCCACCUGACUUGUCAGCCACAUAACUAGUUCUGUGUAUUUGCUGUCGACUGUGUUAAGGCGAUUUGUUAUUUGUAUUUACUUCAAACACAUUUUGUUUGGUUGUGCUGGGUACUGAACUCAGGGUCUUGCACUCUACCAGUGAGCUACACCCCAGCCCCUUUAGCAGACAUACUACAUGUUUAACUUUUCAACUUAUUCGUGUUAGUUUGGGCCCUGUUUUGCUCUCCUGAACUCUAGUGGGAUGACUCUCCAAAGAGCUAUCUCAUUUCUUCCCCCAAAUAGUUAUAGUACAGUUGCCGCUUCUCUGUUAAUUUAACCUGAUCUUCAUUUACCCUGGGUAUUUCCCUCUUGGUGGUUAGUUCUGUGUUAUGUGCCUUUUGGCCUCAUAACAUCUGGUAGCACUGUAGGUCACCUACUAAAUGUAUCGGGAGGAAUAAAGAAAAAUGUAAAGACUUUUGGUCUUAAUAAAGUUUUAAUUUAGAAAUUUCUUAAUAUACUGUAAGGUUUAAAAGUUAACAAUAGAUGCUAGGCAUGGUGGUGCGUACCUGUGAUUCCAGCGACCCGAGACUGAGACCUGAGGCUUACGAGGCUUAUGGCAAAUUCAAGACCAGUACAUAGCAAGACUUUGUCUUUAAAAAACCAAACAAAGCCGGGUGUGGUGGCUCACGCCUGUAAUCCCAGCUCUCAGAAGGCUGAGGCAGGAGGAUGGUUGUGAGUUUGAGACCAGCUUAGGCCAUAAAAUGAGCUCAAGGCCAGCCUGAACUGCAUAGAGAGACUGUCGCAGAAAGACAAAACAAAAAAACCCCUAAAGUUACAAUAUAGUGUGGAGUAAAUAUAUUCUGAGAUUAGAAAAUUUACAAAUAUCUGACAUUUUUUAACUACCAGUUCCAAUAUUCCUACAGUCGUGAUGUUUGUGCUUUCUUGCUGUAUUUUAGACAUGGGUUUUCAGGACACAUAAAAAUGAAUUUAUUUUGUCCUUUAUUUUUUGGUACCAGGAAUCAAAUUCAGGACCUCACACUUGCUAGGCAGGUGCUGUGCUACAGAGUUAUAUCCCUGGCCCACAAAAAUGAAUUUAAUUCAGACAAAAUCAGAUAUCAUUCAUUUAGUUUUCUGACAGUUUUUACUGUCAGAAAAGUAAUUACUUACUUUCAAAAUGUCUUGUCUUUGAAAAUAACUAUUUUGAUUUGGUGCUAGGGAUGAAGCUAAGGGCCUAGACAUGCUAACCCCUAUACUCUACCACUGAGCUCUAUGCCCCUGACCCCUCAAAUAAGUCUUUUCAUAUAAAUCUGACCAUUUCCAGCUGGAUGUGGAGGCAUAUGCCUGUAAUUUUUUUUUUUUUUUUUUGAGUCACGUUCUUGCUGUGUAAUUCAGGCUUGUCUUGAAGUCACUGUGUAGCACAGACUGUCCUCAGACUUGAGGUGAUCCUGCAGUCUCAGCCUCCUGAAUGCUGGGAUCACAGGAGAGUGCCAUCAUGCCCAGGAGCUGAGAAAUUUAGUGGUUUAGGGAAACACUCAAAGCAUUGGAGGGGCCAGGGAUUUAACUCAGUGGCAUAAGCACCUGCCUGGCAAACACAAGGUCAUGAGUUGGAUCCCUGGUACAAAAAAAAAAAAAAAAAAAGCAUUGGUUAUGUACCUGAGGGAGAAGGCUCUCAGUUCAAUCUUAUAUAUACUAUAUUUCCUUUAUGUGCAUCCCCUAGAGUUAAAGACAGUGUUACCUGAUUUCACAGGAAGACUGUUAAGGUCCUUCGAUGAAAUACCCAAAGGAUCAAUUCACUUGCUUCGGGAGUUUUUGUUGCUAUAAACAAGAGAUACUUUUCAAUUUAGACUCAGUUUAGAGAUGACCUUGCAUUUAGCCAGUGACUAGUCUAGGGAGCUGGUUUCAGGUUACUCACCAGAAAUAUGGUAUUUAGGGUAAUGAGAGAUAUUCAACCCAAACUUGCUUCUCUAAAGAAUUGUCAUGUGGAGUCAGACCUGUGUCUCUGACAGACACUGAAGACCUUGUAGAUGAUUAUAAUUAUCUUUCAUAGUCUUGGGAAGUUAGAGAAGCAGCCAGAACAUUCCUCUCAGGUUCCAAGGUGUGGGAGGGUCAGGAGCAAAAUAUGAGUCCCUGUUGAGGAAGGUAUUCAUCAAGAGCUCCUGCAACCACUUAUUCAGAAUGUCACAGAGGGACUCAGUCUCAGGCUAAAAGGUUGAAAUUAGAAGCAUCCAUUUAUUUCUACUUCUAUAAACCAUCAAUUUCCCUAAGCUAUCAUUAUUAUUUUUUUUUAAUUUCAAGCAACUUUUUGAAGUAAUAAUCUUGCUUGGGAUCUCCCCCACCCCAGUGUUGGUGAUAGAACCCAGGGCUUCAAACAUGCUAAGGCAAGUUGCUCUACCAUCAGCUACCAUUUCCGUGCUGGGUUUUGAAUUUUAAAUAGGCUUUAAAUUAAAAAUAAAAUUCUAGUAUUUAUCGGGAUGGGGUAGCCUAGACUAAUCCCAGCACUCUGGGAGGGUUAGGCAGGAGGAUCAUCAUGAGUUUGAAGCCACACUGGGCUACAUAUUGAGUUCAAAGCCCACCCGAAUACUCACUGUCCCUGAUCCCACCCCGCGAAAAAACAAAAACAAAACCUAGUAUUUAGUAUAUGAUAAUCUUAUGGGCUUUAUUACUACAAAAAUGUACUUCAAAUGAAGGGGGGAAAAAAGGUAAAUUAGUGGGUUAUAGAGGCAGAAUUAGAAUGACUCUUUUUUUUUUUUUUUGUCUUUUUCAUUUUUAUCAGUACCAGGGAUCAAACUCACGACUGCCUGCUUGCAAGGCAGGCGCUUAUGCCGCUGAGCUAAAUCUCCAGCCCCUAGAAUGACUCUUAAUUUCAACUUUUAUCUUUUAGUCUGAGACUGAGUACCCUCUAUGAUAUUGAAUGAACAGUUGAUGGAGGUUUUUUUUUUUUUUUUUUUGGUGGUACUGGGGGUGGAACUCAUGACCUCGAACUUGCCAAGCAGGCGCUAAUGCUGCUGAGCUAAAUCCCCAUUGAUGAAGUUCUUGAUGAACACCUUAGGGACUCCUGUUCCCUCCCACACCUUGAGACCCAAAAGGGGUAUUCUGGCUGCUUCUCUAGUAACACACUAGUAUUUGAUAAUCAAUGAAUAUUCUCUGUAUUAUUUUAAUUUACUCUAGUUUUGUGAUUGACUUUAAAGGUAUCUGUUGGUUUACGUAUUCUAGAAUUUGAUGGCAUUUGUGUGUGUGUGUGUGUGUGUGUGUAUGUGUGGUGUUUUUUUUUUUUUUUUUUUUUUUUUUUAGAUGGUUUUUCUGUGCAGUUCAGGCUGGUCUUAAUCUCAUUUUUGUAGCCCAAGCUAGCCUCCAACUCCCAGCAGUCCUCCUGUCUCAACCUCCCAACUGCUGGGAUUAUAGACAUGAGGCAUAGAGUCUUAUAAAUUACCAAACAGUCCAGACUAGGCUCAGACUUGUGAUCCUCUUACCUCAGCCUCCCAGAAUGCUGGGAUCACAUGCAUGUGCUACCAUGCAUGGUCUUUUGAGAGCUUGUCUAGGUUUAGGAUCCUAAUUUUGGUUUUGUUGCCAAUAGCCAGGUGAACCAGGUAUUCAUUUUCUGUCUCUUUUUCUGUCUAGCUUUAAACCCUUAACUUUCAGAAGUUCAGAUUGUGUACUGUAAUAUUACAUAAUUAAUUUAUGUAAUAGCUGUGUCAUGGAUCUUUUUCCUCUUUUUUUUUGUUUUUGUUUUUUUUUAUUUUUUGUUCCCUAAGAGUAGCUGUUACCCCCUUUCACAGCCAAGGAAUCUGACUCAGUAUAAAGUGGAGUAGACUAAAUAUCUGCUGGAACUGGGCGUAGUGUUGUACACCUGUAAUCCCAGCACUCAGGAGGUUGAGACAGGAGGAUCAUUUAUUGAACUGCUUAUAAUGAUGGGCUGUAAACUAUGCAGUUUAGCCUAGAUGCCUAAGCAAGCUUAUAUCCCCUAAAUUAGGAAAGUGAAAAACUUUAUCUUUUGUUUUGAUACUGAAAAUUGAAUUCAUGACCUUGCACUUGUGGCAGAGCUACAUCUCCAGCCCUGGAAAACUGUAUGAGUCUUUAAGGAUAAGAUGUCACUCAUGGAACAAAAAUUUAUUAUAUAUAUUUUUUAUUUUCUUUUUGUGGUACUGGAUAUUGAACCUAGGGCCUUCACAUUAAACUACAUCUCCUGCUGUUUUUUAGUUUUAUUUUGAAGCUGGGAGUAUAGUUCAGUAGUUGAAGGUUUUUGUUUUGUUUUGUUUUGUUUUUUUGAGACAGGGUUUCACUAUGUAGCCUAGUUUGGCCUCAAACGUAGGCAAUUUCUUGCCUCAGCCUUCUGAAUACUAGGAUUAUAGGCAUAUGCCACCCUGCCUUAUUUUGAGAUACUGCAGUUUUGCUAAAUUGCUCAGACCUUGCUCAAACUUGUGAUCCUUCUGCCUCAGCCUUCUGUAGUACUUGUGUCACUAUGACCAGCUUUUUGUAUAGUUGCUAUAUGCCAAGUUUCUUUAGAAAAACUCAGGUAGCCAGGUAUGGUGAUGCAUACCUGUAAUCCCAGCACACGGGAGGCUGAGGCAGGAGGAUUAUCAUAAAUUCAAGACCAGCCUAAACUACAUAGCAACACCCUGUCUCAAAAAAAGAAAAACUCAGGUUGGGCAUUUAGUUCAGUGGCAUAAAUGCCUGCCUGGCAAGGAUGAGGUUGUGAGUUCAAUACCUGGUACAGAAAAAAAAAAAAAAUCACAAAAACCCCGAAGAAAACAGGUAGGUAUCUGGUAUUUGAAAACCCCUUCAUUACAUUCCUAUGACCUGUACACUGUGGUAGGCACAGAGAAGCUGCUGAAUAUGAAAAGCAGCCCUGAGCUGUGUACUUGUAAUUGCAGCUACCUCGGAGGCUGAGGCAGGAGAAUCAUUGGAGUUCAAGACCAGCCUGGAUAAUAUAGCAAUACUGUGUCACAACUAGGUGUGGUGGUCCAUGUCUACAAAUCCAGCACUCUGGGAAUCUGAGGCAGGAGGAGCACAAACUCCUGCCCAGGCUGGGCAACUUAGUGAGACCCCACCUUAAAAUAAAAAUUAACAAAGAGGCUGGGAUUGUAGCUCAGUGCAAUACCCUAUGGGUUCAAUCUCCAGUACCACCUUACCCCCCCCCCAAAAUAACCUAGAUAAAUAAAGAGAUAGUGCUUCCCCAGAAUGUACAGUCAGGUGGGAAGAGGCUGAUGCAGUGGCUUGGGGGUUGUGACGGGGGCGCUGCAGGUGCAGAGGGAGCAGGAACACAGCUGGCCCAGGAAGUCACAGAAGGCUCCUCAUGGAAGUGUUGUUUAAAUAAAUAAUAAGAUGAGCAGGAACUCACCAAUAAGGGAGGCAAAAAGAACCCUGGGUGAAGGAAACAAGUGUGGAGGCUCAGGUGUGGAAAUAUUUAAGAAGCUGGAAAACAGGUAGUGUUAGGAGCAUACAGUGUGGGAAGAGCUGAGGAUGAGACAGGGUGAGGCAGGGACAGAUUCUGAGGCACGUGAGGGCAUUGGCACCUUUAAGAGCAAUGGGAAUAUACUGAAGGGUUUUUAAGUGGAAAAUGGCCUGUGAUCUUUAGUAAAAUCACCUUGGCUGUUGUGUGGAGAAUGAAUAGGUGGAGGCCAAGUCCAGAGAUCAGGAUAAUGAAAAGCAGCUGCAAGAGCCCAAGUGACAGUGUGGUGGCCCAGAUAGGAUGGCAGCACAGAUGGAGAAUGGGAGGAUGAUUUAAAUAUAUAUAUUAGAUUGGAUAGGAUAUGUGCUUGAUUGGGUUGAGAAAGAGAAGAAUCAAAAAUAACUCUUUAAUUUUUGGCUCAUGAAAAUAAGUAGAAGGGACCUGGAAUGGUGGCGCAGGACUGUAAUCCCAGCACUCAGGAGACUGAGGCAGGAGGAUUACCACAAAUUUGAGGUCAGUCUGAGCUGCAUAGUGAGUUCAAGUCCAGCCUGACCUAUACAGCGAGACUCUGUCUCAAAAAAAAAAAAAAAAAAGACUGUAGAGGCUGAAUACAGUGGCAUACAAUUCAUGGGAAAAUUCAAAUGUGGGAUUAUAAACUACAGAAAUUGGAUAUGAGGAAUGAUAACUAGGUCAUAUAUAAGCAAACUGACUGAACCAACAUAUGUUAGUGCCUAAGACAAACGGAUAUGGAAAGCACAAAACUUGUGAUCAGACAGCACCUGUCUGCACAGAAGGCAGGAUGCAGCUGUGGACAUAAAUGCUGAGCAACAGUACAGGCACGGUGUGAUCAUGAGGAGGAAUACAGAAAAGAAAAUGCUUUGACAGUAUGGCUUCACAGAAAGGGCUUUGACUGAGCUUUGAAGGGAAAAGGAAAUGCAAGAGAAAGUUGUUUAGGGCUUAGAGAAUGACAGAGGCACAGAAACCUGAGAUUAUCUAAGUGUCUGUUCUGGGUACAGUGGGUGGGUAGGAUGGCUGGAGUGUCCAUGCUUGGAGUGUGACACAGUUUUUGGGUGUGCAGAUAACAGUGGAAAAAUACUUUGAGUCCAAUGAAGUUGUCUUUGAGUGGCAUGCUUAAGUAUUUGUUUAGUGGACAAAUGCUGUGGCAGAGCUGAGAAUUGUGUAAGUCCUUUGACUAUGUAGGUACUUUCAUUUAUGUUCUCUCUUUUUUAAAGUUUUUCAGUUUUUUUUUUUUUUUUCUUUAUCAUUACCAGGGAUCGAACUCACGACUGCUUACUUGCAAGGCAGGUGCUUAUGCCGCUGAACUAAAUCCCCAGCCCCCAGUUUUUCAGUUUUUUAAGACAGGAUCCUGCCAUGUAUUUUAGGCUGUCCUUGAACUCACUACACAGCCCAGAAUGGCCUCGAAUCUGUAGCAGUCCUCCUGCCUCAGCUUCCCAAGUGCUGGGAUUAUAUGUGUGUACCAUCAUACCUGGCCUUUUCUUUUCUUUUAGACAGUCUUGCUAUGUAUCCUAGACUAGCCUCGAAUGUGCAGUGAUCUUCUUGCCUCAAUUUUCAGAGUGCUGGGAUUCAGGCAUGCACCACCACUCCAGGUUUAAAUGACUCUUCAGCUGUAAAAACUAACAACUGCAAAAUAUUUUGGGACUUUUUGAGUUUACAUUAAGACUGGGACAAAGGAGGUAGCUUAGUGGUACUAAACUUGCCUGGAAUGCAGCAGGCCAUUUUCACUUCCCAGUACCUUAAAAAAACAAAAACAAAAACAUUGAAAGCCAGGCAUGGAGGCACACUUUUAUAAUCCCAGCACUCGGGAGGCUGAGGCAGGAGGAUUGUUGCAAGUUCCAGGCCAGCCUGAGCUACAAAGUGGGCCCAAAGCCAGCCUGAACUGCAUAGUGAGACCCUGUCUCAAAAAGACAAAACAAAACAACAAUAACAAAAAGUGAACAAUGGCUUUGAGUUACUUAUUUUAUUUUAUUUUCCUGAGACAGGGUCUCUGAGUGUAGUUCAGGCUGGCCUGGAUGCACUAUGUAGCCCAGGCUGGCAUCAAAUUCAAGAUAAUCCUCCUGCCUCAGCCUCCUGAGUGCUAGGAUUACGGGUAAAUGCGGGAUUACAUGUGUGCACCACCUACCCAACCUAGUUAUGUGCUUUAAAAUCAAAAAGCAUUUGGUGCUGGAGGUUGGGUUCCUCAAUGACUCUGAGGGAGUUGUCAGGUGAGGUCAUGUGUCUUUUUAGUCUGAGGCAAAGAGGUAUUAAGUUCCGCAAAUUGAGUAGUGUUGAAUAUGUCUGUAAUUCCAGUUCUCUGGGAGGCUGAGGCACAAGGGUCACAAGUUUAGGACCAGCCCUAGGUGACUUAGCAAGACCAUGGUAAAGGCUCAGUGUAAAGGGUCUGUGUUUGGUCUCCAGUACUGGGGGAAAAAAAUUAAAGGACUAUGCAAUGCAAGUUAUCUCCCCCUUCCCACAGAGCUCAGUUCAGUUAGUCAGUGGAUAAAAGGGCUACCCAUAAUCCAUACUGCAAAGGACAGAGUACGUGGUACUUGUUGAGGUAUAACAGCUAGUUGCACAGAAAAAAAUACAUAAGAUUCUUACCUUCCAGACCCUUACUGUUUGGGUAAAACUAGUGGUGUGCUAUAAACCAGUUCUCCAGAAAAAAGAAAAUAAAAGUCCUGAUUUGUGGUGCCUAUCAGUUUUUGUAGUGUAUAUGUUCCAACCAUUGUGGAUCCCAACUUACUAAACUCAAGAGUUGAGAAGAAAUGUUCACAGAUAGUUCCUUGGAGUGGGCAAAGUGGGGUCUGGCAUGAAUGACAGAUGCAAGCAAACUUACAAUAGCAGAAGUAUUUUAUCCUCCUCUUUUUUUGGAGACAGGAUCUUGCUUUGUGGUUCAGGCUGGCCUUGAACCCACUGUGUAGCCCAGACUGGCCUCCAACUCCUGGCAGUCCUCUUGCCUCAGCUUCCCUUCUUGGCAAGUAGAAGGCAAUCCCAAAUGCUGGCAUUAUAGCCGUGCGCUGCCACCCUUUCACAAAAGUGUGUCUGACAAAAUUAGAGCCUAAAUCUGCCUAACAGUCCAUUCUUCUCAGAGUACUGCGACCUCCAAGUUCCUCAAGGAAUCAGUAGUUAUCAGCGCAGCAUCCCUUCCCUACUGCUGCUGUCUUUCAAAGCAGAUGAAGUUACUCAUGUUCCUUGUUUCUGCCAGCAGCCCUGCUGACCUGACUUCAUGUGAAAAAUGGCGAAUGCAGAAGUGAGUGUCCCAGUGGGAGAUGUCGUUGUGGUCCCCACUGAGGGAAAUGAAGGGGGGAACCCUGAAGACACGAAAACCCAAGUGAUCUUGCAGUUACAGCCUGUGCAACAGGGUUUGUUUAUCGAUGGACACUUUUACAACAGGAUUUAUGAACCGGGGUUGGAGAACAACACGGCAGUUGUAGCAGUAGAAACCCACACGAUACACAAAAUUGAAGAAGGAAUUGAUGCAAGCACUAUAGAAGCAAAUGAGGACAUGGAAAUUGCUUACCCCAUAACUUGUGGGGAGAGCAAAGCCAUCCUCCUCUGGAAGAAGUUUGUAUGUCCAGGAAUAAAUGUGAAGUGUGUCAAGUUUAAUGAUCAGCUGAUCAGCCCUAAGCAUUUUGUUCAUCUGGCUGGCAAGUCCACCCUGAAGGACUGGAAGAGAGCCAUUCGUUUGGGUGGAAUCAUGCUCAGGAAAAUGAUGGACUCUGGACAGAUUGACUUUUACCAGCAUGACAAAGUGUGCUCCAAUACCUGCCGAAGCACCAAAUUUGAUCUUCUGAUUAGCAGUGCGCGAGCUCCAGUGCCGGGACAGCAAACAAGUGUGGUGCAGACACCCACUUCGGCCGAUGGUGGCAUCACACAGAUCGCCAUCUCCGAAGAGAGCAUGGAGGAGGCGGGGCUGGAGUGGAACUCUGCUCUCACUGCUGCCGUCACCAUGGCCACCGAGGAGGGUGUGAAGAAAGACUCUGAGGAAAUUUCAGACACUUUGAUGUUCUGGAAAGGAAUAGCUGAUGUAGGGCUGAUGGAGGAGGUUGUCUGCAACAUCCAGAAGGAAAUAGAGGAGCUGCUCAGGGGAGUUCAGCAGCGGCUUCUCCAGGCUCCCUUCCAGGUGACAGAUGCAGCUGUCCUCAACAAUGUAGCACAUACAUUUGGCCUAAUGGACACCGUCAAGAAGGUUUUGGACAACAGAAGGAACCAAGUAGAGCAGGGAGAAGAGCAGUUUCUCUAUACUCUGACAGACUUGGAACGCCAGCUGGAAGAGCAAAAGAAGCAAGCCCAGGAUCAUAGGCUAAAAUCCCAGACAGUUCAAAAUGUGGUACUGAUGCCUGUGAGCACUCCAAAACCUCCAAAAAGGCCCCGGCUCCAGCGGCCAGCCUCCACCACUGUCCUGAGCCCGUCUCCUCCCGUCCAGCAGCAGCCUCAGUUCACAGUCAUCUCACCCAUCACCAUCACCCCUGUGGGUCAGUCUUUUUCCAUGGGCAAUAUUCCAGUGGCCACACUCAGCCAGGGCUCCAGCCCUGUGACUGUCCACACACUGCCUUCUGGCCCUCAGCUCUUCCGCUACGCCACAGUGGUCUCCUCGGCCAAAAGUAGCUCACCAGACACAGUGACCAUCCACCCAUCAUCUAGCCUGGCACUGCUAAGCUCCACCACCAUGCAGGAUGGCAGUACCCUGGGCAACAUGGCUACCAUGGUAAGCCCUGUGGAGCUUGUGGCCAUGGAGUCUGGCCUGACCUCAGCAAUCCAGGCCGUGGAAAGCACCUCAGAGGAUGGGCAGACCAUCAUUGAAAUUGACCCAGCCCCAGACCCUGAGGCUGAAGACACUGAGAGCAAAGCAGUCAUCUUGGAGACAGAGCUGAGGACUGAGGAGAAAGUUGUGGCUGAGAUGGAAGAACAUCAGCAUCAAGUCCACAAUGUGGAGAUUGUAGUCUUAGAGGACUGACUAGGAUCUUGGGGCCAGGAGAAAUGUUUUGGUUUGGAAUUUUAAUUAUUUGUUUAUUUUUAUCAUUGUCCCAUUCAUUUCCACAUAGGAUCCUUUUUUACAAAAACAAAAAUCUCAUUGUCAUAACUGAAAAUGUUGGGUUCCUCCCAUCCUGUCAUUGAAAAAUGGACAAAACAAGCUACCCUUCCAGAAGUUGAGAGUUCACUCAAUGUCCUCACCAUCUUAUUCUAAGAAAGUUGUUUCUUUUAGAGGAGGCAUCAAAGGAACCAGGACCCUUUUCAGACUAGUCUAUCUGUGUACACUUGGUCUUAUGCUUGUAAAGAUGCAUGGACCAAACUCUGGAACGCAGAUAUGAUGCUGGAAGGCAACCCAGUGUUAUGUUUUUGUAUCCUUAAAGGCUCUGAAACAAACGGAAGUUGAACUCUGCUUGGAGGGGAAGGUAGCUCGCUGGCAGCAGCUUAAAAAGGGAACUGGUUUGGCAAAGAUGAGGCAAGGCUCUUACUUGUCUUAUUGAAAUGUAACUGGUGCCCUUGAGAUCUCUGAGGGUUCCUACCAGAGGUGCCAUGUUGCUGGCAAACAGAAGGGUACAUCUCCACAGAACAAGUGGCAGCGGUGGCCUGUGGUUUUGCAGAAAUGGCAAUCAAGGAAGGCCACAGCAGGGGCUGGGGAUUUAGCUCAGCGGCAUAAGCACCUGCCUUGCAAGCAGGUGGUCGUUAGUUCGAUCCCCGGUACUGAUAAAAAGAAAAAAAGGAAAAAAAAAAAAAGAAAGAAAGAAAAGGAAGGCCACAGCCCAGGCAUGCUUUGGGGUUCAAAGUGAGAGCUCACCUUGCUCCCCACGUUGUCAAAGCACUUACCCUCCCAACCUGGGAUCAGUCCAUUCUUUUGCAUACAGUGUGAUAUGGUGUAAAUUGCUCUGGUCCUUGAACUGUGGCUGUCAUGGGGCUGGGGCUCCAAAGCCAUUAUUGUUAUUGCAUGACUCCAGGAGCAGGGGAGUUCCUCAUCCAGACCAGCUGCCAUAUUCAGUAGGGCUUGUUUUGUUUUGGGUUUUUUUGGCUUUGGAACCAAAAACAGCCACUCAUUUUGGUGCUUCCUCUUGUUCUUCCCUCCAUCCCUCAACUCUUAAUGGCAUCUGUCCCUGAGUCCCACACUCUUAAGCUUUUUGGCUGAUUUGGAGAAGUGACAGGUGCCUGCCUGCCUUUGUCCCCUUUUAGACUCAUUUAUACCACAGAUGUUUCUGUUAAGAGAUUGAGCUCUUACAAAGCCUUCCGCUUGGCAGGGAAGACUGGUAAACACCCCCAGCCUUUCCUGAGGCACAAACUCGCUGUCUCCUUGGUGAGCCAGACUCUGGGAAAGAAACAUUGUGAUAUUAUGCUCUAGAAUAUGCACCAGGAACAUCAAUAAUAAUGUCUUUGGGGGGUAUUUUGUUUUGUUGUUUUUGUUUUUCUUUUUCUCUGUAAAAUGUUUGUAUAUUUGGAGCUGGGCCAUUUUCCAUACUGUGAUUCCUUCUCUUUGACCCUCUUCAGUAUUUGGGGCAAGAGUGGACCCUGGUUUUUAUUUCUUUGAUUGCAUUGUUUACUGCACUAGGAAAAAUAUAGGGAACCUGCAGACAACUUAAAGGAAAAAUAGGUCAAAAAGGAAAGCACAUACCUUAGGAAUGGGAGGAUUUUUUUUUUUUCUAUUAAAAGCAAAUUUUGACCUGUAGUUUGCUUUUUUUUUUUUUUUCUUUUGGUUUUAGUUUGUUUCCUUCAAAGAAGGCACCUACUUGAAGCCAUGUUUCUUCCCACAGAUGUUGGGAAACCCAUCAAGCGUCUGAAAACUGCAUCCUGCCAUCUUUCAGAGAAGCCUUCUUACUUGGGAGGGUCUCUUAAAAGCUAUAAAAGUAAAAUUUAUGCACCCCAUUUAGUAGCAAGUUUCUGCUUUAAAAUUGGGGUUUUCUUUUUCUUUUUAAAAUAUUUUAUAGAACUCAGCACUCAGUUUAGAACACACCUUUUGGCCCUUUAUGUAUCUGUAAGACAGAAGUAGCUUUUGUUUCCUGCUUGUUUAGUUUUUCUUUUGGUACAUAAACAAAAACAAAAGUUUUGGCUAAGACUGACACUACCACCUCAACCUAAAAGGAACAUCUCAUUCCUAUGGUGGUCUUUAGGGGUGCUCUUCUCUUUCUUAGAGAUGAGACCCAAUUCAGGAUAGCAGAGGUGCCUGGGGAAUAUCAGCAAGCUAGCUCGGGUUUCUUUUUUUCCUUCAUCAGAACUGUUGGUAGUGUUUUAUGGAAGUUGGAGCACCUCACUUCCAAACUGAAGAGAUCUUAAGAGAGAGCCUGGGGGGCUGGGGAUGUAGCUCAGCGGGGCAGUGCCUGCCUGACAAGUGCAAGGUCUUGAGUUUGAUUCCCAGUACCACCACCUCCUUCUAAAAAGACAGAGCCUGUUUACUUUAGCUCUGAAAGUUCCAGCAGGUGAAAUAAUGAGUUUGUUGUUUUCCUGGUCUUCCAGUAGCCAGUCACUACUAUCUGCUAUGGUACCUGUUCUUGGUCGUCAGUUCCUUCACAGCCCCAAUCUGAAUGGUUUUAGAUGGGGUGAAACAUAUGCAAGCCACUGAUGUAUGCACAAGCAGUUGCAAUGGAUCACUUCUCAGGCUGACUUGACAAUAGCUACCUUUCUAUUCAUUCAUUAAAUAAACAUUUCUAAGUAUCAUCUACGUGCCAGGCUUUGUGCUAGGCACUGGCUGUGCAGAGAUAAAGACACGGUCCCUGCACUCAAGGAGUUCCUGCCAGACCUCUGGAGUCCAGAACUGUGUUCUAAUAUAGUUGGUUUCUUUUGUAAUCAA